UAUUACUUUUAUGAUCAUGAGUCAUAAUAUUUAUUUUGAUUUUGUUUUUACUAUUUUAAUUUUAUAAUUUUUAAUUUUUUUAAUUUUUUAAUUUUUACGUUUUAAUUUUUUUUUAAUUUUUAGUUUUUUAGUUUUUUAAUUUUUCAUUUUCAAUUUUUUAGUUUUUUAAUUUUUAAGUUUUUAAUUUUUUAAUUUUAAAAUUUUCCAUUUUUAUAUUUAUUUUUAAAUUUUUCAAAACUUUUUUUUUACCUUUUUUAUAUUAUAACUUUUUGUCCAUUCACGUAGGAGAUGGAUAAUUUGUGGUUAUCAACAUGUUUCCUCCGAAAUAUUCCGAUUUGGGGGUUUAAAUGGGAGGAAGUAGAGGAUUUUGGAAGUCUUCCACUAUCCUUUCCUUCCCCCCUAUUUCCUUCAACCAAACACACACAAAACUCUCACUUUCCUCUCCUCCCUUCUGAAACCCUCCAACCAAACAGGGCCUUAAGGUCACUCGAUUUAUUACAUUUUUCUCUGCCUAGAGAACCUCUUCACUCAUUAUCUCCCGCGACUAUUCUGCAUUAUUCUCCCUUUGUUGCUUUGGAAUAUAAAUGAAGGAAAUUUUCAUCUGCAUAACAAUGAUUCUUUUGCGCUCUUUUCACAAUUGCCACCUUUAGCGUGUCUCAGCUUGCUUCACAAAUUUUAUCGCAUGAAGCUUAAAU